CGCGCCCGCUCCUCCUCCUUCACUUCGAACCACCAUCAUGUUCGCCCAGAGCCUCUUUGCCCGCCAAGUGUGCGGGGCAUCCCCUCAGAUCUUUACGAAGGCGCUGCCAUCGGCCGCGUCUCGCUUCGUCCUCACUGGACAGCGGCAGGCUACGCGCUUCUCCUCUGCAUUGGCGCAGAGGCCGGUGACACAGCAAGUCGCAAACAUCCGCCCGACGAGGUUCUUUGCUGGUGCAGCUGGAGUGGUUGCGGCCGGUCUCGGUCUCUUUGCUUACAGUCGGCCCAUCUUCUGCGAAGGAGGAUCUCCCCCGCCAGGGAGCGCGACUCCUCCCCCUCCUGCACCUGCAGAUGAUCACAAAGACAUACCCCCUCCACCGACCUCAACGGUCUCCCUGUAUGAGCUAUCGUUCGGCACCGUCGCGGGCAUCUGCGCGGGCGUCUUCGUCAAGAAGGGGGCCAAGAUGGUUGCCUUCGCCCUUGGUGGUGUGUUUGUUUUGCUUCAGUAUCUCGGUCAACUCUCCGUCAUCAAGGUCGAUUGGCGGGCUAUGGGAUCACGCUUCGAGAAUCUGUUUUAUAAGACAGACGCCAAUGGCGUGAAGCGCGCUCCUACUGUCGGCUCAUGUUGGACCUGGAUUGUCGAUUUCUUGACCGCGGACUUCCAGCCUCGCGCAUCCUUCCUCGCAGGGUUUGUGCUUGGCAUCCGGCUAGGCUGAGCUUACAAGACAUUGAAUGACGGACAAACGAUACUUAUAACCAUGAUGGACAAUCUACAGACGAUGGUCGACUUCUCUUGUGCUCCGUGGUGUGGUAACAAAGUUAUGAACUCCCUUGGCUCCAUCGAUAACCACAAUUAUGCACCGUACAAAGUGAAGCAAUCGGACGCCUUGCCCUCUACUGCAUGCUGUCAACACCGUCCUCCCAGCUCCGGGCACAUAUAUCCUCCCACGCUGAGUCCUCCGCCUCCUGCCUGCAGCGGCCAGGGUGUCCUAUGAAGGGAGCACCUCCCUCGUAAAUCUUGCACCCUCUCGACCGCGCGUACGUCGAUAGACGCUCUCGAUAGGUGCAUAGAUCGUCAACCUCCAGAUCUAUUGGACAACUAUCCAGUAAUUCUUCCACGGCUCGGGCUUUGGCUUCGCCGUCAAUGAUGAGGGAAAGCAGGUCCAAUCUCGUAAUUUUCAGGAAGUAUCCGCUUUUGCGGACGACGGCGGCCAUU